CAUAAGCAGGUUGAUGGUUGUACGACUGCACCUGAUUUCGAAAGCGGCGGCAGAAGCUGACAGACGGGCGGAACCUUCCGAUGGACCGAUGGUGAAAUAAAAGUGUUUUAGUCGGUAAUUUUUUUGAUUGGGAGCGGGAAUUUGACUUUCGAAGUUACUGCCUUGAGUGCCUUCAACCGUUUUUUGUGCAUCUCUCACCCAGCCUGUGCGAAUUCACCCACCUUUACAGUUUACGAGUUACAGGAAGCUUGCGAGUUACACUACCAGGAACGCUAUUCAGCUUUUUCUUGUAGUGCCGUCCAGUGACCAUGGCGACUUCAGGUCAAGGAACUUCCCCGCCUCAGUCGCCGGGAGUAAGUGGUGGCGAAUCUGACGGUAUCGUCGGCCAAGACCUUGAAAUACUAUCCAAUUCCGAUCAGUUAUCGAAUGUGGCAGUGGGAAAUUCACCUGUAAACAUGUUAAAUCCUGUAAAUCAAAAUGAUUUCCUGCCGAUAUCCCCAAAUCCAUUCUCCCCGGCAAGCAACCCUACCGUGCGUGGCGUUCAGGAAGAAGUGGCGAAGUUGGGAGAAAAACUAACGGAACUGGAAAAACUGGCGAAUAAACAAGUAACGGAACUGGAAAAACUGGCGAAUAUCCAGCGAGAGAAUGGAGAAAAACAACUUGGAAUUCUGGAGAAAAUUUUAUUUGUUCUUACUAAAACUGAGCCGGAGAGUCAAGCUAAAGCUCCUAAGCGACAUCUGGAGGAGGAGGAUACGGUUGCCAAGAAGAUAGCCCGCAUGGAGAACGACACUGCGGACGAGGCUGUCAAAAAUGGAAGCGCGGAAGAGUCGACUACGGAAUCAAAGCCCGAAACUAACGGUAACCAUGAAGUAGCGCCUGCCAAAGGGGAAGAAGCGAAGGCGGAUACUGGCGCAAAAGAGAAGGAUGAAUCUGUUGUCGUCGGCGAAGGCACUGCUGUGUAAUCCUGCUCCGUCGGCUGAUUAACGCUUCGAUAAUUCAUGCGCGUCCUCACUCAUGAACCUCGCUCUAACGGAUCUUCACAGCUUCUGCCCUAAUUUGUAAUUUUUACUGUUUAUAUUCAUGGAAGGAUUAUUGAGGCAUUCCUGUUCGCGUUUUAAGUGGUCUGGCUGAACUGUAAUAAGUAAGCAAGCACAUCAGUAGCUCAGUGGCUAGUUAUGUAGCGAACGUUAUGUAAUAUGUAUAGGUACUUUUUGCUUAGUCGCGGCUGCGUUUUUUUUGUGUACUUGUUCCUGUCAAAAGCGAUCCGAUUUUGUUUUCUUUCAGUACUAGUACUGGUUUUCCUUUUGGUAUAGAAGUACUUGUGUACAUUAAACAUUUGUGCAGUUUAA